AUGAUGGAAAGAUUGGGACUAAAAGAUUUGGAUUAUUUUCCUAGUGAAAAUCAUGAAAUUUCUCUUAAUCAUUAUGAUGAUUUUAAAAUGCAUAAAGAUAUUAUAGAUGUUAUUGGAAAAUUAGGAUAUUCCUUAACACCUUCAAAAUUGACAUAUUCAAUUUAUAUUACUUUACACCAAAAAGAAAAACGUGAUAUAAGAUUAAUUGGAUUUGAAAAGGAACAUUCUUUUAUAUCUUAUUUUCCUCUUAUUUUGGAUCAUGUUCAUGAGAAACAUCCAAAUGAACCUGAUAAGAAAAAACCAUAUAUUAUUUUUGUAACUUCAACACCUGAAUCUGCUAUGGAAGUUUAUGAUAUGAUUAAUGAAUUUACAAAUGAUUUAAAAAUUGUGGUUGCUUUGUCACAUCAAGGUCGUAAGAUGGAAAUGAAUAUCAGGCAUCUCCGUGCCCCAUUUCAUAUUCUGGGUAUAAUUCGGUUUGAUGAUUCUAUGUACCUUAUUCUUAUGGAUAUUCAUCUUUGGAACAGUUCAACAGAUUAUAUCACUUUAAUGAAUGAAAUGAUAAAAUGUGGUCUAGAUCCAGUAGAUAAAUGUAGUAUUAUAGCUAUUUCUGAAAAUUUUGAUAAUACAUCGAAAAACAUUUAUUCAUCUUUUUCAUUUAAAAAUCACUAUGAUUUUACACCAAAUUUGAAUUAA